CUGCCAAUUCAUUUCUUCGAACUGCAAGUUGUGGUCAGCCACCAUACUGGGUUGACAGAUGGGCGGAGGAGAAGGGCCUUUUCAUGUGUGAAUCGCAUCACGGCACAGGCUCCAGCUUCUUUCUGUGGCGCAGGAACGAGAGCUGGUUGUGACGGAGCUGAUAGAGAGACGCAGACUGCAACAAGAGCAGGCAUGGCCCAGUUGAGUGUGUUUGAUUGCAUGGUCAAUUACAACUGGGGCUUGAUCUGCAGCCUGUACUGCAACUGGAAUGAUCAGAGAAAAAGUAAGACAGAUGGAAGGGGACACAGUGAGAACACCUCACCAAUGCAGGAUGAUGUUUUCUCAUGGCCAGGACCGAAGACUAUUUCUCUACGACGCACUUCACAGGGUUUUGGAUUUACACUAAGACAUUUCAUUGUCUAUCCCCCAGAGUCAGUUGUGCAUACCAGUGUAAAGGAUGAAGAGAAUGGAAACAAAGGAGGCCGACCCAAAGGCAAACUGGAACCAAUGGAUACCAUCUUUGUUAAACAGGUUAAAGAAGGUGGACCGGCAAAUAAUGCUGGACUAUGCACAGGUGACCGGAUUGUCAAAGUGAAUGGAGAAAGCAUUAUAGGAAAGACCUACUCCCAAGUUAUAGCAUUAAUUCAGAACAGUGACUCUGUCCUGGAGCUUUGUGUUAUGCCUAAAGAUGAAGACAUUCUCCAGCUGGCAUACUCCCAAGAUGCCUACUUGAAAGGCAAUGAUCCAUACACAGGCAAUGCCCAUUACAUUCCUGAGCCACCUCCUGUCUGUUACCCACGAAUGACUGCCACUUCCUCAUCCAUGGCUCUGCCGAUGGAGGUUUCGCCACCAGAACUUUCUCGGGGGAAGCAGCAAUUGAAUAGGCCAGUCCGGACUAUUUCCACCUCUGACCGAGGGUAUAGGGCUGAACUGCAAGUUCCACCUUCACCAACUGAUAUUCCAAAAACCAACACCGCUGUGUGUGUUUGUAAUGAAACUGUAAGGACUAUUGUUGUGCCUUCAGAGAAGUUUGCUGAUCUAGUACCUAGCAGAAUUAACCAUGCAAGUCCAGCUCACAGAACAGAAGAAAUUCGGUAUGGCUUGACCGACCACAACGUUGGAAAACUAAGGCCGAGGACCACUUCAUCAUUAACUAUGCCGACCAACACUAUAGUUCAACAGGUUACAAGUGGUAGAACAAAAGAUACUACAACAACUACCUCUACCGCAAAUGCUAAUAAACCUGUCAGCUAUGGAGCAUACAAAGAUGAUACUUCCAGCAGAUCGAUCUCUCAAACCACAGACUCUCCAGUUAUCACAAACCACUACACAUCUCCAACAUCUCUUGCUGCACACCAGAAUAUAGACUGGAGGAAUUAUAAAACGUAUAAAGAAUAUACUGAAAACAGACGUUUGCACAUGUAUGGUAGUAGGACAAUACAGGAGCGAUUAGAUAGUUUAAGAGCAGCAGUUCAAAACACAACAGAAUAUCAACAAACAAUGCCAACCCGCACCAUAAGUCAAGUGAGACGUCGGAGCACCUCACACGACCGAGCCUACCAAACUACACCAAUAAGAUGCCGUAGUGUGUCUCAGGAAAGGUUAGGGGAACCUGUUGUAAUGAAAGAUUGGCCACGGAGUGCUUCACAGGAUGCGUUAACCUCGCCAGUGAUUGCUUCACAGAACCAUAGAGCACGGUCAUGCGAUUACCUUGGAAAACAAGCAGAAGAUCCGCAAGGUCUGACCACAGAUAUUGGCACUUUGUGUAAACAUGACCCAGACGCCGACAGGUUGCAACGAAUAUAUAACCGGGCUACUGGAUUCAGUGAACUAGAUAAUAAACUUGGUGUUCAUGAUGGAUUCCGGCAGCCUGUUAGACAAGUUGGGCAGCCGGGAUGUCACACAUCUAUCGGUGGCACAACACGUCCUCAGAACAUUAUUUUUUCACCGAGUGUUCAUAGCACUGACAUUAUAAAGACACGAUCAAGCAUUCGAAGCAGUACACAUUCCAGCCCUGCCCCCCGUGUUCGAAAAGUUACCAUGGAUACAACACCAGUUCAGUUUUGUAGGGAUCACCAGUCUGCCUAUGCAGGUCAGCAACCUCUAGCUCCUCAAGAAAAAUCUUGUUUAGCAGUUUCCUUUCAAACUGCAUUGCCAAGUUCUUCCUUGUCCACCUCUGUUUCCAAUGGAGCAGCGGUAAUCCUCCCUCCUACCCAAACCAUGGGUAUUGGUGCAAUAAAGGUCCAAAGAACGGUUAAUCACAAAUCAUGUGGUCAGCAUUCCAGCCCAAGGAUAAGAGCAGAAAGUGUCCCUGAACAUUCAGCUGAAGUCGCUAGUAGUUUAAGAUCAGCUUCGUGUUCUGAGCCAUCAUCUGGACAACCUAUAGCACAACCAGGAAGGCCUGUAAUAAGCCCUACUACCUCUAGUAUUGCAUCAGUUAGACAAAAGAGUAAGGACUCCGAGAAAGCGAAAUCAGAAAAUAAGCCACAAGAGAAUCAACUAAAAUUGGAUGAAGAGAUUUGGCUAGAGCAAAACCAGCGAGGCUCUGGUCAAAAAGAUCAGAAGGCUUCAGAUAGAAAAGAGACAGUGAUCUUGAGGGAAAAAACAUCUCUAGGUAGGCUAACACCACAACCGCUGAGGCACAAGUCAUACAUUUUGGCGAUAACUUCACCAGAUACAGUAACAGACCCCACUUGUUGGCUGCCUAAUGAUGGAGUUCGAGAGGUGAAUCUUAAACGAAUAGGCCAACAUAGAAAGACGUCGAUUUCAAGUCCACAAGAUGACUCCUUAGCAUCUAUUCCUUUCAUAGAUGAGCCCACAAGUCCCAGUGUCGAUCAAGAGUCUGCACACAUCCCUGCUUCUGCAGUUAUUUCAGCUGGUGUGUCUGAAAUAUUGACAAUAACGACAGUGCCUCCCAGCCCCAUUACGCCGUCUCCGCAUAUUCGACGGCAAUUAUCACAUGACCAAGAUACCAUUAGAACCAGUACUCCUGAUUCACAGCCCACUGGCAAAACUGAGAGAUCAAAGUCAUAUGAUGAAGGAUUAGAUAAUUAUAGAGAAGAAAGAUCCAGAAAAUCAAUAAAGCACGUUCCGAGUUUGAAAGGACUCAAAAAGGCCGCAGACAGCCUGAAGCUUUCAGACGACAUCAUCCCGAGAAGAGACUCCUCAUCCGAUGGCUUUAGUGACGCCUCAAAGGAUGGAUGGCUGCAGUUUCGCCAACUUGUUACGGAGAAAGGAAAGCGUGUGGGUGGCAGCAUUCGGCCGUGGAAACAAAUGUACUCGGUUCUCCGGGGGCACACUCUGUACCUGCACAAAGACAAAAAGGACAAGACUUCUCAUGCAUCUUGCCAGUUUGAAGAAGAACAACCAAUUAGCAUUAAAGCCUGCCUAAUAGACAUUUCCUACAGUGAAACCAAGCGGAAGCAUGUAUUUCGAUUAACCACUUCGGAAUGCGAGUAUUUGUUUCAGGCUGAAGAUAGGGAGGAUAUGUUGGGUUGGAUUAAGGCCAUACAAGAGAACAGCAAUCUUGACGACCAAGACACAGGGGUUACCAGCCGAGAUUUAAUUAGCAGGAAGAUUAAAGAAUAUAGCACUAUGAUGAGUUCUUCUGGGAGCAAGACCGAAGCCUCUCCGAAAACCCCCCGUCAGUCACUCAGUAUUAGGCAAACCUUCUUGGGGACCAAAAAUGAUCCAAAGAGCCCCCAUUCUCCAAAGCAAGAAUUUGAAAGAAAACUAAUAAAUGACACAAGUCCGCCAAAGGACAAGGGGACAUGGCGAAGAGGCAUUCCUAGCAUCAUGAGGAAGACGUUUGAAAAGAAACCAUGUCCUGGUAUAACAUUUGGUGUCAGGCUAGAUGACUGUCCACCUGCACAUAACAACAAGUUUGUGCCAUUGAUCGUUGAGGUUUGUUGCAAUUUGGUUGAGGAAAGAGGUCUUGACUACACCGGAAUUUACAGAGUCCCAGGAAACAACGCUGCCAUCUCAAACUUACAAGAGGAACUCAACAAGGCAACCACUGAUAUUGACAUCUUAGAUGAUAAAUGGCGGGAUCUGAAUGUUAUCAGCAGUUUACUAAAAUCUUUCUUCAGAAAGCUUCCUGAACCUCUCUUCACAAAUGACAAAUAUGCUGAUUUCAUAGACGCCAACAGAAAGGAAGAUUCGGUGGAUAGACUUAGGACCUUGAAGAAAUUGAUCAGAGACUUGCCAGAUCAUCACUAUGAAACAUUGAAGUUUCUUUCAGCACAUCUGAAGACAGUAGCGGAAAACUCAGAGAAAAACAAGAUGGAACCCAGAAAUCUGGCAAUAGUAUUUGGUCCAACACUGGUCAGAACAUCAGAAGACAACAUGACACACAUGGUGACUCACAUGCCAGAUCAGUACAAAAUAGUGGAAACCCUCAUACAGCAUUAUGACUGGUUUUUCACUGAAGAAGGUGAUGAAGAUGCAACAACACCAAUCCAGGAAGAGAGCACAGUUGAUACACAGCCAGUGCCAAACAUAGAUCAUUUGCUAACCAACAUUGGGAGAACAGGAACUACUCCGGGAGAUGUUUCAGAUUCGACCACUAGUGAUUCAGCAAAAUCUAAGGGUUCUCGGGGAUCCGGGAAGGAUCAGUACGGCAGGGAUCUGCUUGUGUCAUCCAUCCUUGCUGCAGCCAGCCGUAAGAGAAAGAAAAAGGAUAUAAAACCGCUGCAAAGCAGCUCAGAUGAUGAGUUAGAAAGUGGGUUUUCCAGGAAAGGGCAAUCCAGCCAUUCCCACGGCAGCCCAACAAAAGAAUUAGCAAUUAAAAGAGAACCAGAAAAUGAAAUCAACUCAUCUGAACCAAAGGGAACAAGAGUUAACAAAGGUAGUGAGCAGCAAGAGAAAGAAACGCCAGGUGGAAAAAGGUACACUUCAUCUGUGACAAUGGUUGAAAAGAAAGGAAUGGGCAUACCACCCUCAGCGGAAGAAGGAAAAAGGCAGCCAGAACAGACCCCUUCCCCCCACUGCCAAAAACCCACAGACUCGCCUAAAAUCAGCUAUCGUCGUAGCUCACAAUUGAUUGCAAGCACAAUACCCACUUGUCCUGUGGAGGUUUCUGUCAGUAAGGUGAACUCCAAGACUAACAAGAUGGCAUCUGACACAGGCACUACGAUCACCAAUGAAUCUCAGGUCUCUCUGCAGCAAACCAACACAAACAAAUGGAAACCCUCUGAAAUCAGAAACAUAGAGACAGGUGCUGCAGAUGUAAACUCCAUCACAUCUGACUAUUCCACAAUUUCUUCUACCGCAUACCUUGCAGCCAUGGAUUCCCACACACUGAAUGCAGAAGUCCGAUCAGUGGCGGAAAGUAAAGGCGAUGAAGCUGAUGAUGAGAGAAGUGAACUCGUCAGUGAAGAGCACCACAUAGAAACAGACAGCGACAGUGACUUUUCUGUUUUCGCUGCAAGUUAUACACCUGAAAAGGGUGCUUGUGCAACAAAGCAGGAAACUGGAACGUAUAAUAGGAGGAGCUCUGAAGGGAGUGACAUGACUGGAACUGAAGGAAGUUCUACGCCAAGGUUAGAUAGUCAGAGGAUGUUCAGUUCACGGAAGCUUAUUGAAUGCGAUACAUUGUCCAAGAAGAAGUCUAUUCGAUUGAAGAAAGACCUUGAGACAGCGAUGGAGCAGAACGAGUCAAAUAGAGGAUCAAAGCUGGUUGAUGUAAUGAAGAAAGGCAAGUCAACGAGCAGCCUAGCUUCAUGCACAAAGAACGAACCUGAAAAAGUAGAACCUCCUUGGAAGCUAAAAAUCACAGACCGAUUAAAACUGCGUCUAAAGACCUCUGCGGAUGACAUGUUUGGAAUAGGCGUAAACAAGGCGAGCUCCGGAGACAUCAGUAAGAAGAAGAACAUCAGGCGGAGACACACCAUGGGAGGACAUAGAGACUUUGCGGAGCUCAGUGUUCUGAAUGACUGGAGAGCACAGGAGCAAGAACAGAAUUCUCAGAACAACGCAGGCAGCGGGAGUAGAGAAUACCAACUCUCUGCAGUGGAUCGCCUGAAGCCAAAAUGUCAGUCCCAGGACCUCUCAAUCACAGAGUGGCUUGCACGAGAACGCUUGCGCAGUAGUACACCAGAUUUGCACCCAGAAAAGGUGCCCGAGUCGAGAUCUGUGGAUAUUAACUUAGGCAAGGGAGCACACCCAAAGGUCCGUGCAUCGUGUGGAGAAGAGGCAGGCAGCUCUCAGCUUAGUCGGCCUUCCCCUUCAGCAUCACCCAGCCCAGUAUCGCUGUCAGGCCAAGUGAAUGGUGAUGGUCACCAAAGCAAGAGCAAAAGCAAUUUCAGUUCAGUAGCUGAUGCCCAUCCCCAUAAACUAUCCAGUAAUCAAGUCGUCAAAUCUCGUUUCUAUCAGUACUUGUAGGUUUGCAACCUAUUUAUGUCUAGUGCUGUAGAAAAUUGUAUAUAGUAAGACACUGUUUUUUAAAUGAUUCAUCCUUCUGUAUAUAUUUCUCUUUACUUGAAUUUUGAAAACUGUUAAUGCUCUGCUGCUCAGCCUAUAAUACAGGCUAGUUUCUGUGCUGGGCAUCAUGGAAGCUCUCCACAGUGCGCAGCAUCAGCCUGAAGGACUAACUUUUGUAUUUAUGAAAUUCUUACAAAAGAGCAUCAAGUGCUGAAACAUUUCUGAUGCAAUGUUCUGUAUACUGCUUACUCUGUACAAUUGGAUAUAUGCAUACACCUUAAAUGCUCUACUAUUGGACACCGCUGCAUCCAUACAUUGUCCUUCAGCUUGUAAUAGUGAACAAAAAUGUGUAUUGGAACCUAAUUGUUUGAACUUCAGUUGCUAAAGAAAGUGCCUCAUCUCAAAACGUUUUGGGUUAGAUAGAGUGCCAUAUUGUCUUUUUAGUUCAAAAGACUAGAAAUCUACUGUGAACAAAAUGAGUUUUAUCUAUAAACAAACCAUAAAUUCAUUUCAUUUUUCCAGAUUUUAUUAACCGAACAAAUACAGAGCUUCCAUACUUUCGGCAUUCCAGUUGGAUCUUAUGAACAUUUUUUUAAAGACAGAGUUUUAAUACAGUCUUUGUAUGGAUUUGAAUUUUUAAAGUUUCUGUAAAGAUACUUAACUUAAAUGUGUGCGUGUGUAUGUGUGCGUGUGUAUGUGUAUGUAUAUAUUUCAUGGAAACUUUUUUCAAAUUUGAGAUUUGAUGAAAGCAUUGUAACAUAGGCAUGUAGAUAGUGGUCUCUGAACAAUUGGUCCCUCUCACAUUUUUCACCAUCUCGGAUGAGAAAUGUAAUUGUGCAUGAGAACUGUUUUCUCAGACUUCACAUUGUAUUUAGCCUGUGUACAGAUAUAGGCAAAUGGUUUGUAAAUGUCCCCUGGAAACACUGGAAAUAAAAUUCUGUUUCUGUGGA